GUUCGCCCUCGAGGCUGAAAGGACCUCCCCGUCGGUGACCGAGGACUCGCUCUUCCUCACAGCCUGGUCGGGAGAGCCGCAGGGCCAGCUGAUGCGGACGAACUACAAGCCCCAGUACUCCUCGCGCGGAAAGGCUGGGUCCACGCGGUGGAAACGCGGGGGUGUUCCAAAGGUGCCUGGAGGAAAAAAAAAAAUCUCGUACAUCUUCCGCCUCUGUCCACUUUCACACACGCCUCGCCUCCAUCGUCUGUUGUAUUAGAGCACGCAGUGAAGCGUGUGAGGUCGCCCUGUCUGCAGGCACAGCAGAGGGCAGGCACGACCACAGCGCGCGGGCGCGAGGCCCCCCGGGCCGUGAGCGGGGCGGAGCCCGAGGCGGCGGGGCCGGCGCGCAGGCCGGAAGUGUGCGAGGGCGGAGGGAGAGGCGUGAGUGGCUGCGGCCGCGCGCUUCCGGCCAGUGCGUUGACGUCAGCCGGCUGCAAAGGGCUUCUCGGCAGGCUCUCCGGCCGGCACCUUGCGCACUCCGCCGGCUCCCGGGCCCUCAGUCCCCGCUAGUCUCGCCGUAGGCCGCGACGACAUGAGCAGCAAAGAAGGAUCAGGAGGGUUCAGGAAAAGGAAGCAUGACAAUUUCCCACAUAACCAGAGGAGAGAAGGGAAGGAUGUUAAUUCAUCUUCACCUGUGAUGUUGGCCUUCAAAUCAUUUCAGCAGGAACUUGAUGCAAGACACGACAAAUAUGAGAGACUUGUGAAACUCAGUCGGGAUAUAACUGUGGAAAGUAAAAGGACAAUUUUUCUCCUCCAUAGAAUUACAAGUGCUCCUGAUAUGGAAGAGAUUUUGACAGAAUCAGAAAUGAAAUUGGAUGGUGUUAGACAAAAGAUCUUGCAGGUAGCCCAGGAGCUCUCAGGAGAAGACAUGCAUCAGUUCCAUAGAGCCAUUACCACAGGACUGCAGGAAUAUGUGGAGGCUGUCUCAUUUCAACACUUCAUCAAAACACGAUCACUUAUCAGUAUGGAUGAAAUUAAUAAACAAUUGAUAUUUACAACAGAAGAAUAUGGAAAAGAAAAUAAGACCCCCUCCUCUGAUGCACAGGAUAAGCAGUUUGGUACUUGGAGACUGAAAAUCACACCUGUUGAUUACCUUCUGGGAGUGGCUGAUUUAACUGGAGAGUUGAUGCGGAUGUGUAUUAACAGUGUGGGGAACGGGGACAUUGACACCCCCUUUGAAGUGAGCCAGUUUUUACGUCAGGUUUAUGAUGGGUUUUCAUUCAUUGGCAAUACUGGACCUUACGAGGUUUCUAAGAAGUUGUAUACUUUGAAACAGAGUCUGGCCAAAGUGGAGAAUGCUUGUUAUGCCUUGAGAGUCAGAGGCUCAGAGAUUCCAAAACAUAUGCUGGCAGAUGUCUUUUCAGUUAAAACAGAAAUGAUUGAUCAAGAAGAGGGCAUUUCCUAGAAUACCACCCUCAGUUGUUAUUCUCUUGAGAGACCAGUUUGUAAGACUGUUAUUUAGUAUUUCGUUGGACUUUAUUGUGGCUUUUAAAUAGAGAUGUUUUCAGUUGUACUUGUUUUAAAUUGUAAACAAACUGUACAUAAAAUUAUCGAAACGAAUCAUUUCUUAUAUCUUACUCAUGAAAGUUUGCAUACAAAUGGUUGCAUAUAUGCCUCUUUGUAUUUUUGCUGGCUACCCUCGUUGUUUAUCUUUGUAAUGUGAACGUGCUUCAGAGCGCACUUUCUGCCAUACCUGUUUUAAUUUACAUUGUGUGAAGUGUGGAGUGGUAAUAUUUAGUGGAGGCCAUUUAUAAUUUAAGUUGGUGAUUUUGUUAUAUAUAGAAAAGACUUCUUAGUUACACAUUUGGACUUGAGCUUCCUGUUUAAAUUUCUUGGUAAUAUUUUGUGAAGCCUCCAAAAUAGGCUUCUUCCAUAGAAUAAGGAUUAAAAGUUAUUAAGUUAUCAAAAUACUUAAUUUUAUGAAGUAUUAUAGUGAGAAUUCAUAUUAUCUUCUGGCCAGUUUUUAGGCCAUUUUGAACCCAUUUGAAAGAGCCUUCCAGAAAAAUUGACAGAUACCCAGAUUUUAGUUUCUACAUUUAACUUUUAUCCUUUAGCACAUAAAGUCUCCUAGUGAACUGGAGCUAACAUAAUACUUUCCCUGGUGUUUGAGUUCAGUUAUAUACUUGUACAUACAUCUGGAAAGCUGUUAGGGAUUAUUUAGCAAUUCUUUUGUUGUCAUUAUAUUGCAUUAGGCAUGUUUCUUAUAGAUGCAUCUAUAAGAAAUUACAUUUAAAUAAUUACAAUGAAGUUUGAAAUUUUUGAAAUACUAAGUUAAUUCAAACCUUUAUAGUUGUCCAGUUGUGUUACUUAAUAGUAUAAAAAGUUGCCAAAGAAAAUUUAUCAUGUACAAUUCAGCAAUAAGACAAUUGUCGACACAGUGGGGAAUAACAAUGGUAGUCUUUAGUAAUAGUUAGAAUUGGAAUUUGCCUACUGAAGUUAGUUGUAGAUUAUUCCCUGUGAUGUGAAACUGACUUGAGCAUGACACUAUUGGCUGACAACCAGACAUUUCCAUUUGGUUUUGUGAAUUUUUAGAAUCUAGAUACUGGAUUUUAUUUUUGGAAAGAUUAGCUGCUCUGUUUGCAAGACCUGAUUCUUUGAAAGUGAAAUUUUCCAAAAAAAUAUCAUGUAAAAGAAAAUAAAACAUAGACAUGCCUAAUAAAUUAGGUUGGUUGGUG